AAGAAAAGCAACCUUAAAUUCAAUUUUUAUAAACCAUAUUUAUCCUAGCGAGUUUAUAAAGUUUGCGCUAAGACUUUUUGUAUUGCCAGUCUGUUUUUUUUUUAAUUCUCGGGUUUUCCGAUUCAUCCAUUUAGCAUAAUUGUAUGGUUCGACCAAUAACCAAACUACAGACGCAGACGCCGACACAGACACAGACACAGACACAGGCAUAGACACAGGUAUAGACGCAGACAUAAACUGAUAUUGAUUAUCCAGACAUACAUUAGACGCAUACACUUUCACGUUUUCAUUUUCAUUUACAUUUACAUUUAUAUCUACAUUCCUUCAUUCGUUUUAAACUUACACCUCCACAAACACAAUGGUCAAACUACUAAACCGAAAGUUCUUAUUGAAGCUUUCCAUACUAAUCCUCCUUACAUACACCAUCAGUAUCUCAAUACAAAGUCUCACAUCAAAACCAUCGAUGAUAGAGUACAGAAACAGCAUUAACCGACAAAUCAAAUAUAAAUUCAAAUCAUGGUACUUCAACAUAUUAUGUUCCAAUUUGAAUUUGGACAAUAACAAAAAAUUCAUUAAAGAAUUGGCAGCCAUCAAAGAGGAAAAGUUGCAAAACGACUAUGCGGAUGAACUCUGGGACAUCAAUGACAAUUUGCUUGCCAAAUUACCCUUGCUGGUUACAAUACCUAAAUACUAUUACAAGGGUGAAGGUAGACAAAAAAAGCCAAAGAAACAACCAUUCGACCCAAGAUUUACCCUAGCUGUCUAUUUCAAGUACUUGGAACUACAAGGAACAGACAGCGCAGUCCCAUUCCAUUGGUCAGAUUGGGUUGAUUUGUCCCGCUUGGACAAAUACAUUCUUCCCGAUAUCCAAGACAACUUAUGUGCCAAGCUAUUUGACAUUUCUAAAAAGAAAUCAAUCAUUGAAAACUCAAACAUUGUUGACAUCAAUCAAUAUUGUAAGUACUUGCCAAAGACAAACUUGGGGUAUAAAAUAACACAAUUUACAGGAGCUCAAACUGUUGAUAAUCGGGAAUUAUUAGGGAAAUCGUAUUUGUACACUACCGCUCCAUCACCUAGAAAGCUUGUAUUCUUGACUACUCAAGGUUCGUACCAGGUUUCUGUCAAGCACUACAAGAAGAACAACGUCACUCACUCCAUUCUUGAAAACAACAUGGUGCCCAAGGUAAUCAAGGCUAAUCCCUCCGUGAAAAAAUUGAAUGUCGUGGACACUUACAAGUCCAUGCUUGACAAACAUGGCGAUCCCAAAUCCACAAGAAUCCUCCAGGAUCCCACCAUCCACAUUCCAGAAAAUUCAUUCAAUGUCAACCCCUUUGACAUAAUCAACGAAUUGCAAAACGCUCCAUAUUUAACCAAAAUGGACAAACAUUAUCUUGAUCUGAUAAAGUAUAGUGUCACCUGCAUGGAUCCGCCCAAAUAUUUUGACGAGGCCAAACUCCUUGAGAAACACCUGGAACCUUGGUUGGGCUCGCAUUACGAUUGGCGAUUCUUUAAUGGAUUAACCAUAGGUAAAGACCAACAAUUAAUUGUCUUGCACCGAUUAUUGAAAAACUACUUAAACUUCACUAGAAUCCACGGAAUCAUCACCUGGAUUGCUCAUGGUUCUUUACUCUCGUGGUACUGGAAUGGUGUAAGUUUCCCCUAUGAUACAGACAUUGAUGUGCAAGUGCCCAUUAGUGAAUUGCAUAAAUUAGCCCGCUAUUUCAACCAAUCUAUGGUUGUAGAAAAUAUUGUUGACUCUGAAGGAAAAUUUGAUGGAAUGGGGAGAUAUUUCAUCGAUGUGGGAUCUACUAUCACCCACAGAAAGAAGGGUAAUGGACAAAAUAAUAUAGAUGCUAGGUUUAUUGAUGUUGAUACUGGGUUGUAUAUUGAUAUUACGGCAUUGGCAUUGACUGACACUCCUGCACCUUCAAGAUACGAUAAUUAUAUUGCUAUGGAUAGACAAAAAUCGGCAAUUGUGAAACAUUUCUCUAAGCCAGGACAGUUGAACCAUCAAGUUAAAAACGAACAAUUGAAAGUUUACAACUGUCGUAACGAGCAUUUCAGCAUGUAUGAAGAAUUGUCGCCUUUGAUACUAACCGUGGUGGAAAAUCAAUUGAGCUACAUUCCCUCUAAUUUCUUCAUGACUUUGAACAAUGAAUACCAGAUCAACGGGUUAACGGAAAAGAAUUAUCGUGAUUAUAUCUACUUGAAUAAUUUCCGCAUGUGGUUAAAGACCCAAACAAUAUUGGACUACAUAAAUUCACCCCAGCUAUGGAUUGAUGAGCACAACUCUACAUUAAACAACCAAGAAUCGCUCAUAUCUCGAUCCCCAUCCUCGGGUCUUACAAAGAGAGUGGUGGGGAACAUAGAACUACUCCAAUUGAACAAGUUAACUGUCGAGGAUCAUAUAAAUCUCCUUCAAUCAAAUCAGAUAUUCAAAGAAUUUCAUAAGACUAUGAAUUUUACUAAAUUUCAUGAGAUGGAAUUGCAACUCAUUCUCAAGAAUCAAUUUGAGGAUGCAAUUGAAUUGUUGAAACAAUAUCAAGCCAAUAAUAAUUUGGGUAAGGCUUUGAGACCAGAUUUAUUUAUGGAUUCCUUGUUUGUUGAUACUAAAAACCGAGACUUUAUUAAUAGAGUUAAUAAUGUUUUGGAAGUUCAACUGAUGUAUGAAGACAAAUUAUAAUGUUAACUUUAAUGAAGCUUAUUUAUUUAGAAUACAUAUACAUUUUGUACACGUCUGUAGAACGAAGUUUUGGCUGCAAAAUUUUUAAGCAGCUAUGCAUGGGUUCGUCUCUACUUGCAUAAUCCUAUUAGCGAUACACCUCUUAUCUGGCUUCACGUGAGCUACAAACCUUCUUUUCACCACAGUCCUCUGUUUGCAUUAUAGACGCAAGAUCAUAGUGUAAACACCGUUUCAUUACACAGGUACGCGGCAUCAAAAUCAAAAUAACAACAAAAAAAUAUCUGUAGUCCUAUGCAUAUGGGCACACGAUACCUUGCAUUUCUCCACAAAAAAAAUUUAUGUCUUGGGAAUAUCGACUUCAGAACAAUCUUUGUCGGAUAAAUCGCGGAGCUAUCAAUGUUUAUAAUUACACAAACGUCUUGUUAUGUAAAUACGCUUUCUACCGACCUGGAAUUCGAGCGUGUAUUGUGGCAGACACAAAAAAAAAGGCGAUCGCGCAUAUUGUUAGACGUUAACAAUCAAUUUGUUUUCGAUCCGCCUUUGUGGAAUCAUUCGCCUAUAGAGCAGGAUCAAAUUCAGGAACCGCCUUAGUUUUAAGGCUUGAGUUGCAAACAAUUCAAGUUGUUCUGCAACUGUAUUCCAGAUGGCUAUUCUCUGCGCAAUGGCCCCG